CUGCGGACUGAGCCGUGAUUGGCUCGGGCAGGGAGUGUGCAGCCAGUGAGUUGCGCCAACAUGGUCCCGAGUUGUGAUUCGCUUGAUCUGUUCCGAGCGUGCGCGGAUUGGCUCGGGCUGCGCGGCAACACCUGCUCAUCAGCGCCUGCAUGGCUUAGAGGGCCGUAACGCAUGCGCAGUUCAAUGUGUGUGAUGCGCUGGAAGACACCGCCUGGUUUUACGGGAGAGGUAGAUGGGACCUUCUAUCUUGCCGAUAAACAGUAUGCAAGUACAGUGGGAUUGGCUGUAUUUGGGUGUCUUGUUAAUCAGCUCAGUAACUGCAGAAAUUCAUGAUGAAGAAAUCCAGGAUGCAGAUGUCGAGGUGGAGGAUUUUGACACAAACUCACAAGAAACUGAUAUUGACAAAGGCAGAUCUUCUCUAGAGGUUAUGUACAAGACUCCAGAGCCUACUGGGGAAGUGUAUUUUACAGAAACCUUUGAUGAUGGAGUAUUGACUGGGUGGAUAUUAUCUAAAACCAAGAAAGAAGAUACAGAUGAAAACAUUGCUAAAUAUGAUGGAAGAUGGGAAGUAGAAGAGCUUAAAGAGAACACAGUGCCUGGAGACAGAGGAUUAGUUUUAAAGUCAAUAGCAAGACAUCAUGCAGUAUCAGCUGUGUUAACAAAGCCGUUUAUUUUUGAUACUAAGCCUUUGAUUGUUCAGUAUGAAGUGAAUUUUCAAGAUGGCAUUGAUUGUGGCGGUGCAUAUGUUAAACUUCUGUCCAGUUCUGAUGAUUUGGAUUUGGAAUACUUUUUUGACAAAACACCUUACACAAUUAUGUUUGGACCAGAUAAAUGUGGAGAAGAUUACAAACUGCAUUUUAUCUUCAGAUAUAAGAAUCCUAAAACUGGAGAUUAUGAGGAAAAACAUGCUAAGCGUCCUGAUGUAGACCUAAAAAAAUUCUAUUCGGACAAGAGGACACAUCUGUAUACUCUGGUGCUGACACCAGAUGACACAUUUGAAAUGUUAAUUGACCAAUCAGUUGUCAGCAAAGGAAGUCUUCUAGAAGAUAUGGUUCCUCCUGUGAACCCUCCAAAAGAAAUAGAAGACCCCAAUGAUAAGAAGCCAGAUGACUGGGAUGAGAGAGCAAAGAUCCCUGACCCUAAUGCUGUCAAACCAGACGACUGGGAUGAAGAUGAGCCUUCCAAAAUAGAAGAUCAUGAUGCUGUCAAACCUGAAGGCUGGCUUGAUGAUGAACUACAAUAUAUCCCAGAUCCCAGUGCAGAAAAACCAGAGGAUUGGGAUGAAGAAAUGGAUGGUGAAUGGGAAGCCCCACAGAUCCCUAAUCCAAAAUGUGAGACUGCACCUGGCUGUGGAGAGUGGGUGCGUCCCAUGAUGACCAAUCCAAACUAUAAAGGAAAAUGGAAACCACCAAUGAUAGAUAAUCCUAAUUAUCAGGGGAUCUGGAGUCCUCAAAAAAUCCCUAACCCAGAUUAUUUUGAAGAUCUUCACCCAUUUGAAAUGACUGCUGUCAGUGCUAUCGGUUUAGAGCUGUGGUCUAUGACUCCUGAUAUAUACUUUGAUAAUUUUAUCAUCUGUUCAGAAAAGGAAGUGGCAGAUCGAUGGGCUGCAGAUGGCUGGGGCUUGAAGAAAUUGGUAGCUAGUGCUAAUGAGCCUGGUAUGUUUAGUCAGUUGCUGACUGCUGCAGAAGACCGUCCAUGGCUUUGGGUUCUUUACAUCUUGACUUUAGCACUGCCUGUAGGAUUGGGUGUACUGUUCUGCUGGCCAACCAAGAAAAUAGAAGAAGACAUUGACUACAAAAAAAUGGAUGCCUCUAAGCCAGUUACAAAGGGAGAACUGGAACAAGAGAGAGGGGAGAUAAAUGAUGAAGCAGAAUUGGAAGAAGAAAAAGAUAUUGCUGUAGAAGAAAGAAGACAAAUUGAGGAGAUGAAAAAAGAGAUGAUAAAGGAGAGAAGGAAGGAAGGAAGGAAAGAUCCUCCCUCAGGGAAAGGAGAAGGUGAAGAUAAAAAUGAUGAAGAGAAUGAAGCUGCAGAAGGAAGUCAGGAAGAAGAAGGUGACAAAUCAAAUAAAUCUGGUUCAGAGGAUGAGAUGAAAGAAGCUGACGAAAGCAUAGGGUGUGGAGAUGGUCUAAUGAAAUCAGUACGCAAAAGAAGAGUACGAAAGGACUGAAUUAUUUCCAACUAGUGUUUUUAGUUCCUGAUUAUAGAAACUUGGCAUGCCAUUUUGGUGUGCCUGACAGCAUGCAAGUUACUGAGAUUUUAAAAAAAAAAACAAAACAAACAACUGGACUUAUUACUACAUAGCCUCCUGCUUCCAUGUCCAGCCUCCUUGAUCUUCCCAAACUUAGCAUUUUUCCUCAAAAAAAAAAAAAAAAAAAAAAGUAAUCUGUGAAAAGUUAAAUGGUGUUUUGAAUUUAGAUUAAAAAUAAAAUGGCAAUUUUAUCUGAUUUAAAAGAUUGAUAUUCUUAGAAAUUAGUUAAUAUUGGUUGACUGUCAUUUUGGCUCUAAAUGUUUUUUAAAACAUGAAUAGUAAAUGGGAUGAUAGUAUUUUGCAGCUCUAGCACAAAUCAGCUGCUUCCACUUCACCUGAAGUGGAAUGUAGCAUCUCUAGUAGUUCACAGCCCUAAAGAAAUGGCCAGUCAUUUUUCUUCUGUGCAGAGCUAAAUACAAUAGUUGUUUUUGUAUGAUAAAUACAGUGCUAGCAAUGCAUUUUAUUGUAAAUGAUCUGCCUUUUAUAAUAUGUUUGUGGUCACAUGCUCACUUUAGGCAUUUGUUAUAGUAAUUUAUUUGACAAGGUAUUCAUAGGAACACUGGUUAAUAGAUAGCAUAGCAUGUUUUACAUCUGAAUGCAGAGACUUCCCAUCUACUUGAAGUAAAAUGGUGUACAGGUUUUUUUUUCAAACUUUUAUAGUUCUCAUGUUCCAAGCCAGAAUGGCCUAAUCCUGGUUGACAAAAUAUUUGCUAAGUGUACAUUGCCUCUUGAAAAUAAAAUAUUUAAUAU